UUAGGAGUCGACCCUCUUUCUGGUUCCUCGUCCAGGCAGCCCUGACGCGCUUGCUCGCCACGAUGAGAACUGACUUCGCUCUGGUCCUGACAGCAGUCCUUCUUUCUGCCACAUUCAGGAGGAAUAAUGGGGAGCAUGCUUCCAAAGGUCCCUGCCGACCAGGCUUCUCACAAAGCUUCUACUCUGUGCUGAUUUCAAGGGAUGUACUGCAAGGCCAAGGCAUACUUAAAGAUACCACACUAUCAUCACAAAAAGUGAAGUUUGAUGACUGCAUGGGCAACAAAGCGGUGGUUUUCCAGAGCAGUAACCCCAUCUUCAGCGUGCAGACAGAUGGGUCCAUCUUUGCCCAGGGAGAGGGAGCCAGCCUAGAUGAACCAGUCCAGUUUAAACUGACAGCAAGUGGUCCACACACACAUGUCUGGGAGACUGUGGUCCAAUUGUCACUGACUGACCUACCAUCACCUCAACAAAAUGAAAAUGAGGUCACAACGGAGGAGGGGAAAGUCGUCGAGAGAAAAGAGAAGACGGACGUGUUCCAAGCACCACCUCCUCUCAUCAUGUUCUCAGGGUCUGGCCUGAACAGCUCCAAGGGUCUACGGAGGCAGAAGAGGGACUGGGUGAUCCCACCAAUCAACGUGGCAGAGAAUUCUCGAGGACCGUUCCCUCAGAUGCUCGUCAGCAUUCGUUCAGACCAGGACCAGGACAUCUCGAUCCGAUAUAGCAUCACAGGGGUUGGAGCAGAUCAACCACCCAAUGAGGUCUUCAAUAUUGACCCCGUGCUCGGGAAGAUGUUCGUCACCAAACCUCUCGAUCGAGAACAUCGCUCUUCUUACCAUUUGCGUGCCCAUGCUGUGGACAUGAAUGGGAACCAGGUCGAGAACCCCAUCGAUCUGUACAUCUUCGUCAUUGACAUGAAUGACAACAGACCCGAGUUCAAAAACCAGGUCUACAAUGGCUCUGUGGAUGAAGGCUCUAAACCAGGAACAUAUGUGAUGCACCUGUCGGCGUUUGAUGCCGACGACAACACCACCGCUAAUGGAAUGGUGCGCUAUCGAAUCCUUUCCCAGACGCCGCACAGCCCCAUCCCUAACAUGUUCACCAUCAACAGUGAGACUGGAGAUAUUGUGACGGUGGCACCUGGUCUUGAUCGAGAGAAAGUGUCCCAGUAUACCAUCAUCGUGCAGGCCACGGACAUGGAGGGCAACCUGAACUUUGGCCUUUCCAACACAGCCACCGCCAUCAUCACUGUCACAGACAUCAACGACAACCCUCCCAUGCUGACCUCCAGAACUUUUUCCGGUGAGGUCCCAGAAAAUCGAGUGGAUGUUGUGGUGACUAAUCUGACGGUGAUAGAUGCUGACCAGCCACACUCACCUAACUGGAACGCCAUCUACAGGAUCAUCAGCGGAGACCCAUCGGGGCACUUCACCAUCCGCACUGACCCCGUCACUAAUGAUGGCAUGGUCACGGUGGUUAAGCCAGUAGACUUUGAGAUGAACCGUGCCUUCAUGCUGACGGUGGUGGUGUCCAACCAGGCCCACCUAGCCAGUGGCAUCCAGUCGUCACUCCAGUCCACAGCAGGGGUCACCAUAUCUGUCCAGGACGUCAACGAACCCCCUUACUUCCCCACCAACCCAAAACACAUCCGCUUUGAGGAGGGUGUCCCUGCUGGCACCAGCUUGACGACCUUCUCGGCCUCAGAUCCCGACCGACUACAGAUGCAGCAGAUAAUCAGGUAUUCAAAGCUGAAUGACCCCGCAGACUGGUUGUCCAUCAACAGAACCAAUGGUCAGAUAAUAACCACAGCAAUGCUCAACCGGGAGUCCGUCUAUGUCAAAAACAAUAUAUAUGAAGCCACAUUCCUGGCAACAGACAAUGGCUCUCCUGCAGCCAGCGGCACAGGCACACUGCAGAUCUAUCUGAUAGAUAUUAAUGACAACCCCCCAGUGCUCAUACCCAGGGAGUCUCAGAUCUGUGAGAGGAUGAACAAGAAUGUCAACGGUGUCAACAUCACUGCUGCUGAUGCCGACACGGACCCCAACGCUGGACCCUUUGUCUUCGAGCUGCCCAACUUCCCCAUCAGCAUCAGACGCAACUGGACAAUUUCUAGGAUCAGCGGCGACUACGCCCGUCUGGGUCUGCGGUACCAGAUAUAUUUAGAGCCGGGAGUGUAUGAGGUCCCUGUAAUUGUGUCAGACUCAGGGAACCCUCCAUUGUCCAAUAGGUCACUCAUCAAAGUGAAGGUGUGUCCCUGCGAUGAAAACGGAGACUGCACCACUCUCGGGGCCGUGGCAGCCGCCGGCCUCGGAACUGGAGCCAUCAUCUCCAUCCUGAUCUGCAUCAUCAUACUGCUCAGCAUGGUGCUCUUGUUUGUGGUGUGGAUCAAGCGCAGAGAGAAGGAGAGGCAGACAAAGCAGCUGCUAAUUGACCCUGAAGACGAUGUCAGAGACAACAUCCUCAAAUACGAUGAAGAGGGAGGAGGAGAAGAGGACCAGGACUAUGACCUGAGCCAGCUGCAGCAGCCCGACUCCUUGGAGCAUAUCAUCAGCAAGCCGCCUGGUGUCCGCCGGGUGGAUGAGCGUCCCAUCAUCCCUGAAUCCCAGUAUCCAAUUAGACCUGUCGUGCCCCAUCCAGGAGACAUCGGGGACUUCAUCCACGAGGGUCUGCGAGCAGCAGACAACGACCCCACUGCUCCUCCUUAUGACUCCCUGCUGGUGUUUGACUAUGAGGGCAGUGGCUCCACCGCUGGCUCUGUCAGCUCGCUUAACUCCUCCAGCACGGGGGACCAGGACUAUGACUACCUCAACGACUGGGGCCCACGCUUCAAGAAGCUGGCUGACAUGUACGGAGGAGGGGAUGAUGAUUAAAUCUGCCCAGUCACACAUGCACACACACACACGCACACACACACACCCUCGUCCCGUCAGCUGGCCUGCCAUGCUCUGUCCCUAUAACAUAUGGGGCUAUUACACCCUUAUUGAACACACGACUUGUUCACACUGACCAACUGACUGACCAACCAACCAAUCAAAUUACCCACCACAGAGGACCAGUCCCGUGAGUCAGUUUCGGGUGCUCUUCUCAACCUUCACCUGCUCUAAGCUUGUCUUAGACUGAAACGGAAGCUCUGAAUUGCAGGCUUCUCAUAGUUUGUAUUUUCAAACUCUUGUGCUUUUGUUUCAGUUUAGGUUUUAUGCUAGAUGUAGGU